AUGCACCUAGAGCAUCCAGAUACUUUGAUCACUAUUCUCCAUUUGAUAACUCUUCUAGCAAUUCCUAUUCAUGUCUUCGGAACUUAUUGCAUUUUAUUCAAAACUCCGAAAUCAAUGGAAUCUGUUAAACUUAUUAUGCUUAACUUCCAUGUUUGGUGUAUGGUUUUAGACUACGGCAUUACUGUUUUAACAGUUCCAUAUUUAUUAUUUCCGGUGCUUGGCGGGUUUCCAUUAGGAAUACUGAAAGAUAUUGGCGUUCCUAUUGAAGUUCAGAGCUAUGGUAUUUUGACCCUAGUUGCAGUUGUUUCUGCUGCCGCCAUAGACAUAAUUGAAAACCGAUAUUACAUAGUUUUUGCUCAAAACACAAAAUGGCGUCGUUAUCGUAUUAUACUAACAAUUUUCAAUUACUCGUGUUCACUUGCGUGGACUUUGCCAGCAUUCAUCCUUCUUCCAGAUCAAAAUACUGCAGCACCUGGAGCUUUGAGAAUUCUUGAAAAAUUCGGCACUGUGCCAGAAUAUAUACGAAAAGCCCCGAUUUUCGUAAUUUCUUUUGAUUUACGGACUAUAACUCUUCCAUGUAUGAUAAUAGCGGGUUUUUUUGUGGUUGAGGUCGUAGUGUUUGUUGUUGUAAUGACUCGAGGCAUGAGCAAACUAAAACAAACUGCAAGAUUUUCCAAGAGCACUCUCAAAAUGCAAAGAAAUUUUCUAAACGCAAUUUAUAUCCAGGUAUCAGUCUACAUAACAAGCAUCCAACUUCCAAUAUUCUGGUUUAUCGUUUCAAUUCUUGCUGAUGUUCAUUUCCAAGCUAUAAAUAACUUGGGAUUUGUGAUGUUCUCAUUCAAUGGAGUGGUUUCUACGGUUAUCAUGAUAUGGAUACACAGGCCGUAUCGAGAUUUCUGCUUGAAAAUUGUAAAACUAAAUAAAUUGUCUAAUAAUGCAGUUCAUGUGGAUUCCGGCGGCACAAUUCAUUCGGUGGCUCCUCGUGUAACCUCUAAUGCAUAUUAA